AUGAAGUUCUUAUCAAUUACAAUUGCAUUGACCGCAACAAUUGCAUCGGUAUUAGCAUCACCACCAACCCCAGAUCAAUUGAAGAUCGAUAUCACAAAAGAAGUGAAAUGUACUAGAAAAACACAACCGGGUGAUGCUGUAUCAGUUCAUUACAGAGGAACGUUUGAAGACGGUACAAAAUUUGAUUCUUCAUAUGAUAGAGGUACACCAUUAUCUUUUAAAGUUGGAUCAGGUCAAGUUAUAAAAUGUUGGGAUGAAGGUUUAUUAGAUAUGUGUAUUGGUGAAAAAAGAACAUUAUGGUGUGACUCUUCUAUAUGUUAUGGAGAACGUGGAAUUGGACCUAUUCCUGGUGGAUCUAAUUUAAUUUUUGAAACUGAAUUGGUUAGUAUCGCUGGUGUUAAAUCUGAAGAAGUUGAAGAUUUAGAAAAUGAUGAUGAAGUAAGUAAAGAUGAACUUUAG